CUGACCGGGGGGGGCGGAAGACCACGAUGGAGCGGCAACGUAGUUUCAGCUAGGAACUCAGUCACCAUUAAACCCCCACCAGCCGGCGCACAGCAACGGAGCACACCGAAGGACCAGCACGAUAUGCAGUCAUGAAGCGGGUUCGCACUGAGCAGAUCCAGUAUGCCGUCGCUCAGUACCUGAAGCGGAGGCAGUACGUGGACACCGAUGGCUCCCUGAAGGGAGCAAAGCUCUUCCAGUCGGCGGAGGAGAUGGCUGCGAGUCUCACAGUGCAGACGGAGUCGGGAUGUGCCAACAUCGUGUCUGCUGCUCCGUGCCAGUCGGACCCUCAGCAGUACGAGACUCAGUACUCGCGGCUGCGCUCCUUCCUGUCAGAGACGGACAUGUCCUGGGCGAAGGAGGUGAGCUGCAUUCUCUACCCGCUCUUCGUCUACCUCCACCUGGACCUGGUGCACUGCGGCCUGAAGGGGGCGGUGGAUGGUUUCUACAGUCGUUUCCACGGCGCCUUUCUCCAGGACGGCGAGCAGCGCGCCACCAUAGAGCAGCUCCGCCACGUCCUCACCGCGCAGGACGUCGCCGCCAACCCCAAGUUGAGCGCGUUCCUGGUGCACAAGUACGUGGUUCACCUGACGGAGCCGGCCUACAGCUACCUGCUGCGUUACCUGCAGAGCGAGGACAACAGCGGCCUCUGCCGGGCCCUGAGCACGCACCUGCAGGUGGAGGUGACCGCCUCCCGGCGCACGGACUACCAGCUGUACGGAGCCGCCGGCGCCGCCAACUCCGCCUCCUCCUGGCCGGGGGCGGACGGGGCGGAGGGCGGCGAGGGGGUGGAGGUCCCCGCGGGGGCGCCGCAGAGCGAGGCGGCCCUGGAGGCUCUGCAGGACUGCAUCAAGAAGGUGCGCGAGGGGCCCCCCACGCUCACCACCGUGUGCUUCUACGCCUUCCACCACACGGAGCAGACGCUGAACGCCGCCGAGGUCUCGGCCGACAGCCGGCUGCUGGCCGCCGGCUUCGACAGCUCCACGGUGAAGCUGUGGAGCCUCCGGGCCCGGAAGCUGAAGGCCCGAGCGCACCGGGCGGACGUGUCGCUCAUCCACCUGGCCUGCGACGUGCUGGAGGAGGAGGCCGAUGAGGAGGAGCACGGCAGCUCCGGCAGCGAGAUAAAGACGCUGCGAGGUCACAGCGGCCCGGUGUUCCGCACGGCCUUCCUGACGGACAGCUCCGGCCUGCUGUCCUGCUCCGAGGACACCACCAUCCGCUACUGGGACCUGGGCAGCUUCACCAACACGGCGCUCUACCGGGGACACGCCUACCCGGUGUGGGACGUGGACGUCAGCCCCUGCAGCCUCUACUUCGCCAGCGGCUCCCACGACCGGACGGCCCGCCUCUGGACGUUCUCCCGCACCUACCCGCUGCGCCUCUACGCCGGGCACCUCGCCGACGUCGACUGCGUCAAGUUCCACCCCAACUCCAGCUACCUGGCGACCGGCUCCACGGACAAGACGGUCCGGCUGUGGAGCACCCAGCAGGGGGCGUCGGUCCGCCUCUUCACCGGCCACCGCGGGCCCGUCCUGUCGCUGGCCUUCUCGCCCAACGGGAAGUACCUGGCGUCCGCCGGCGAGGACCAGAGGGUGAAGCUGUGGGACUUGGCGUCGGGCACGUUGUCCAAAGACCUGCGGGGACACACGGACAGCGUCACCAGCCUGUCCUUCAGCCCGGACAGCAGCCUGGUGGCGUCGUCCUCCAUAGACAACUCGGUCCGGGUGUGGGACAUCCGGAACUCCCACGGGGCGGCGCCGGCCGACGGCUCGUCCGGCGAGCUGGUGGGUCUGUACACGGGGAACAGCAGCAGCGUGCUGAACGUGCAGUUCAUGGCGUGCAACCUGCUGCUGGUGACGGGGACGGCGCAGGAGAAAGCCGAGCCGUAGCCGCCGCCGCGGGAGUCGGUUCCACGUUCUUUGUUUUUCUCCCGCCGCGCGCCGAGAGGUCAAAGGCCACCGGCAGCGCGGAGCUUCGUUUUCCUCCUCGGAGAGUCUCAGAUAUUCGCUUUCUACGAGUCCUCGUCCGUCCUCGCUGGUGUUGUCCGAUUACCAAAGCGUCAGUAUUAAGUGUUUCCUCGGUGUGACGCUGUGCUUCCGGUGCCUCGGACGUCCCAAACCGCUUACGCUGCUGUGCACAGGUUCUGUCGUCUACAGCAGCAUGUGGCCCUUUUGCAAAUAGUCUUCCUGGUGAGCAAAAACAAAACAACGUUUGAAUCUGCAAAGAUCAGUUUUACCCAAAUAGGAGACGGAAAAAGUUUAUUUCCUGAGCUGAUAAGAAGAACGCAACAGACAGUUGAUGGUUUUGUUGAGCUGAUGAGUGUUACCUGGUGUGUGUGUGUGUGUGUGUGUGUGUGUAAUAUAAAUAUAUAUAUAUAUAUAUAUAUAUAUUACACAUAUACACACCACCUGCCUUCAGGGCUGAUAUAAUACCUGAGUUUCAGAACCAAAGUACCCACACAGAUCUUUAUUUACUGAGGUAGAAAUCGGGGGGCCGAUGCACAACAACCUUCAAAUAAAUCAGAAAUCUGACCAGAAAAUAAAUGCUGGCUUUUUGAACUUGGCAGUUUUGAAUCAUUUGUUGGCAAAAAGUACAAAGAGCGUAUUUGGAAAAUGGUGUUUGGUUUAAAAAGAAGAGCAGCAUUAGUUUGUUUGUUCGGGCUUCAUUUUCAGUUCUUACCGAAGGUACAAAUGUCUAUUUUGAAGGACGACCGGGGCAGAAUGUGGUUAUUCUGGUUUCACGUCGGCUCCUCUCGUCUGAUAACCGGUUCUGACUCGGCGAGACGACGCGGAGGCUCAAAAUGCCGGAUUGCUCCUUUUUUUUCUUUUUUUUUUUUAAAAGAUCUCGUGUUCCCCCUCGGUCCCCGAUCACACGGCGGCUUCCAUCCAGCACAAAUACUCCGUUGUCGGUCAAGUUCAUGUCAGGAAACCCUUCGGGAGUGAAGGGACUUGGACGCCGGUGGAGUUCAGGCACCGAUUUUAAAGAUGUCUCAAAAGGUGGAAAACAAAAGUCGACUGAAGAGUGUGAAUAGCCUUAUUGUGGAGAUUUCUAAGAAUCAAAGGCUGUAUUUUUUUUUUUUCAGCACUUUUCUGCGAGUUGCAUGAACUGUGCAAUGUUUGUGUACAUAUACUGUAUUUUUGUAAUAUUUUGGCUACCAAGAGUUGAUAUUCAGGUUAAGUUUAACGAGGGCUAAAAAAUACUGACCUAGAAACUGAUUUCAUACAUCCAGAGUGUGAUUGUAUUUUGGUUUUAUAUAGUUGUUUUUCAUAUUUCCGUCAUAAAUCCAGCGGGGAAAGUUGUCCUUUGUUUGUCAGUGACCUUUUGUUGCCUCCUGUAGCUCAAAACAAGGAAUAAAUAACAGAAUUUAUUUAAACUAA